AUGUUUUGUGUGCCAGUUGUAAAUAUCGAAUUUGGUUUAUAUAAACUAUUCUAACAUCAUUGGGUUCAUGUGAUUUAUAAUAUACUUGUUGAUACAAUAUUAAACACAUUGGUACUUAAAAGUUGAAUUGUGUUAUCUAUGGUGUUAACUGUUACUGUUAUUUUUCUUGUCAUAUCCUAUCUGUCACCUACCAUUAUUUUUGAUUAUUGAUUUUCAUUUAUCCACUGAGUUACCACAAUCUAUAAUUAUUAUCAAGAAGAACACACAGUCAAUUUCAAAUUCAUAACAUUUAUAUUUUAUAGACUGCCAAGAGGGCCAUCAACUGGAGAAUAUUCCAGGCUGUAUUAACAUUCCGUACAUUGACAUAUAACACACACAUGAGCCAGGGAUACUUGGUUGAUUGUCUUUUUGAACCUAUUUUUUGGUUUGUUGACAACUUUGCAGGAUGUUUAGGAAAGGUUUUUGUUUUCUGCGUGACAGUUUUGACAGCAGCCGUAGUGGCAAUUGCAUAUUGGGUGGGGCUGCCUUAUUGGUGGGAGAGAAAUCCAUAUAUUACUGUGUUUUUAGUAAUUUUUGGGAAUUGGCUUUUGAUUAAUAUAAUAUUCCAUUAUUAUAUGGGUGUUACUACAUCUCCUGGACAUCCACCUGAUGGAGCAAUGAUAUCGGAAGCCGCUAGCAUAUGUAAGAAAUGUUUGUCACCCAAACCGCCGCGUACUCAUCACUGCUCAGUUUGCGACAAAUGUGUCCUGUGCAUGGAUCACCAUUGCCCCUGGCUGAACAAUUGUAUUGGAUACUUUAAUGCACGUUACUUUUUCCUGUACAUGGUUUACAUGGUCACUGGAGUAUCAUUCCUAAUAAUUGCUGGAUUUGAUUUGGGAUAUCAAGUUCUAUGGGUAAAUGAUAACGGUGGCCUUACACAGGAAGACGAUCCGGAAUUGAUUGGACACCCGGUGCGUAUGAAUCAGAGCGGCGUGCUUGUACCGGUCCAGGUUAUUGCCGAAUAUGAUUCCGAGAACCUUCCCCGAGCGCACAAUUUACCCGCCGUCAUCAUCACAGAGGCCCAGCGGAUCACUGCUCAUGCGCUGAAGCGGAAGGCCGUCGUUUUUAUGGUGAUCAUGUGUCUGUCGGUGUUCUUCGCUCUUGGCUCCCUGACUAUAGUACACGCGAAGAAUAUAACUCGAGGGGAAACGAGUAUAGAGUCGCAUCUCAACGCCACUCUGCGGAAGACCCACACGAAUCACCAGUUCAGGAACCCCUAUAACUUUGGCCGACAGAAAAAUUGGAAGCUGUUCUUGGGUCUGACACAAGGCCGUACGUUUCUGAGGCAUAUUUUACUACCGUCGCCCCAUCCACCGACUGGGACUGGGCUGACGUGGCACAUUGCGAAUAACGGGAUCGAAGACUGGCCCUAAAUCUACAUUGUCAAAGUAUUUACAAACUUCGAAUUUGUUUUUCUUUUAUAAUAGUAAUUAGAACUGUAGUUAAUGUACAUUAUUUUCAUUUUGUUGUCAUUUACGACGGAGUUUAGAUGUUACUGUAAGGUAAUGAAAUAGUGAGAUUGAGAGUUAAGGAAAAGUAUUUAUUAAAAUAAGACUGAAGCAGGACAACCAUAUUCACAACUUGCUAUAUCCUGAUUUGGUAGCAAGUAUUUGUACCAAAGUGUACAUGGAGUAAUGUGAUUGUACUUAAUCAAGAUUUCUUUUCUCGAUUGGACACGCUUGAACAUAUUAUUAAUAGGGAUGAUGACUAGGUUUGAAUAUAAUGUUUUUUAUGAUACAUUGGGUAAAUAAAGUCAAUGUUGACAAUACAUAAAAAGCAAAGAUUGACUGACACAAAGCCGGACGUUUCUGACGAUCGUGAUUUGCAAAAUAAAUAAAAUUAUUGAAUUUCAAAAACUAUUAAAAAUCUUUUAUCGUAAUUAGAUGAAAAUUCAUACAGUUUUAGCUUCCUUGCAUUAAAUGUGACAUUUUUCAAUAUGUGAACUAUACUCGUAAACGCACAAAUAACAAAGAUAUUAGUAAUUUUCUUUGAUCGCCCAUACAAAACUAACAUUAUGCACCUACGACGUCAUUAAAUCGUAACAUUUUGUAUGGGGCGUUUUUCAAGGAUCCGCGGCGGCGCCGCAAAUCUGACCCUUUAAAUCCCUGUAGCUACGAAAAUAAUGAUCGCAGAUUUCCCGUUACUUUUACAAAAUUGCUUUACUAUUAGCAUACUCCUAAUUCAUAUACAAUUUAAAGAAACUGUCAUCAUCCCUAUUGUUAGUACAGAUGUUGUAGCCUGCAGCAUGCUUCGUUUUAGUGGGAUAGUGCUUGCAAAUUUUGAACUAUACAGGAAGAAAACCAACUGAGUUCUUUUUAAUGUCUUUGAUGAAUUAAACAUGGUGUUUUUGUAGGAAAAUGGAAUAAUAUGUAAUCACUCAAAAAAAAUUCUCAUUUCUUAAAUGAUCCAUGAAAAAUUGGUGACUAGCCAGUAAGUGAUAAUCCAUUUUAAGAUGAAGUAUGUCUAAUUUAUUUAUGGAUUAGUCGGAAUUAAACUAUAAUUCAUAAAACUGUACCUAUAUAAUCAAAGAUUUUAAGAUAGCUACUCAGAAAUAAAAAAAAACUUUGUUUUAAAUCAACAUUAUUGUCAAUUUUGACAUUCAAUAAUACCACAUUGUAUGUGUGUCUAAAUUUUGUGUCAUUCAAGCAAUAGUGUCAGUGAAUUUUAAUUUAAUUAAUGUAUGUAUUUCUAUCUUUUUAUCCAUAUAAACAAUAACUGUGCCAAAUUUCAUACUGCUUUCGCCUAGUUUUAGUAAAAAGGGGUAUUAAGAUUUCUUUGUCCUCUCCCAAUUAAUUAAAUACUUUGUAUAAAAUCACAGUAACAAAACGAAUGUAUUAUAAUGUUGUGUUUACCUACAGAGCUCUCAAUUCAAGUAUUUCUAUCAUAAAUAUAGCAAUGUAUAGCCAUAUAUACAGUACAUUAUACAGUCUUGUUAACUUACCAAUUUUCUAGAAUUCGUAUUUUCUGAGAUAUUAUUGAAUUCUCAGACUAUAACAAUGUUACAUUCGAUCUUUAUAAUAGUCUGUUGUUGUAAUACUAUCUAAAUUGAUCAGAUAUAGAAUUUUGUUUAAUUUGUUAGCUCAUAGGAAUACCAUCCAGAAAUUCUGUAUUCUGUAGCAAGCAGUAAUACCGAUAGAUACCCAUUGCUUGAGUAAUUUCUGGAAGGUAUUUACUGUAUAUUCUAUUUCAUAUGUGCUUUGAGACUUGAACGUGAUCUAGAGUUUUGAUAGAUUUGCGUCGACUUCGUCUCCUAGAUAAAUUGGCAUCCAAUAAUUCACAUCCCGAGUAAGUAAUCCUCUUAGUAACUCAACAUGAGGUAUCUACAUGUUAACUGUUUUAGCAGACUCAGAAGUGGUUUACAAGCAAUAAGAAAACUAAUGUCAAACAAAUGUUACAAUUUACAACAUUAAUAAGGCCAACUUAAUUAACAUAUCAAACUGUAACCAAAUUAAGACUCUAGAAUGGUAGAGAAUGACCUUGAUUGGAGUCACGCACUUGUGAUCGAUGUGUGUAGGGUUAAAAGGUACCUUUUUCUGUUAACAAACACUUCCCUUUUCUACUCGAGCCACUCUCCCCGCCUAUCCCAAGUAACAUCCCAUAAAGAAUUACACAACAAAAGAUGUGGAUGGCUCGAACGCCACGAGCACACUGAAGUCGAUCGUACAACGAGCGCCUUAUAUCGCAAGUCGUUCCCGACAACCGAUCGGCACCCCUCUCUAACGCCCCACUUUUUACGGAAACAAGUCGCGCCACCUGACGUCAUAUUCGUCUCGAGACUACUAUUUCUUACACUGUGUUAUCUAUCUCUUCUGAAUAUACGACACUGAGCUGUCUCAUCACAUCCUAUGAGCUAUCAAACGUGUGUAUUUAAGUCUAGGUUCAGAUGAUACAUACUCUGAUUGAUUUGACGUCAUCGGCACAAGGAUGUUGACAAAUGUACACUGUGGCGUGCACAAGGUUUUUAACUAGGGUAUGCACUAUGGGUAAAAAUUGUACAUAAUGGAAAAUUCCUCCUCCAAUACUGGUUCCUAAUGAAUCCUCAGGGUAUGCAUUGCUUGUAUGCAUCUGUAGUGUACGCCACUGAAUGUACAUCGAUGGUCGGCAAAUGUAUGUAGUAGCGAGGCGCGAUGCAGAAUCUGUGUGUUCCUUAUGCCUAACUGGAAAGAGACUAUAUAUGGAUAACCAUGUACAUUGUACAUGGUACAUAUUUUACUUUCAGUUAGGCCUGACUUAUGCCUUACGAAGAGAUAUGCCUUACGCGACACUGCGCGGUAGAUAUAGAUAGUCGCGCGUUGUUUGUAAAAUAAAAAUGAAAGGUCAACGCGUCAGAUUGUUCCUAGCUUAAGGUCGGCCGGAUACACUCGUUUUCCGUGUUUGGAAAACCAAAUGAAAUACACUAAAUGACACACACGUACGACUUUUAUCCGAUCGGAACAAAUUCCGCGCUUAAAAAGAGGUUGAAGUUCUUUUUUUUUUAAUAUAAAUCGUUCCUGAUUUGAGUUCUAUUUUUGUAAAAUGAUUAGUGAACUAUUUAUUAUAUAUACAGAGUGCUGGGGAGUAUUUCGCAUAACUCAGGGGUUAUUUUCUCUACCGAAAAUUAGUUAAAAAUGUUCUAGGAACAUGUGUUCCUCAUCAUUCAUGUGUUGUGUAAAUAACAUUUCUUUUGUAAAUAUAUCUUAAAAUGUGUCCCAUAAAUCCUUAUAAUUAUGACGUAGCCAAGUUUUACGUAUUUUAAAAUGAAAGGAUAGUGGGCGUUUCUUACAUGGAUAUUCGGAAUUAUUUGAAUUACUUUGUAUGAAAACAUAAAAGUUUUUAUUUUUUAGUUAAAAAAAUAUUAGUUAUGCAGUUCGGCUCCUAUAAGUAGACUUGUCAACACCUUGAAGUAAUGGGAAAUACUCCCGAGAACCCUGCGAUAAUAUAAGGGAAUUAAUAAGGGUUGAAAAUUCACAUCGAUUUCCACGCGGAUGAAGUUGUGGGCGUCCUCUAGUUGCUAACAAAUCAUUGCUCUCCGUCUUGGCGCGGAUAAAAUGCUAUCACUAUCCGUACUGACUAUACAUUCCGAAUUAAGAAAAAUGUAAGUCUGCGUAAAUAUUAUCACAGAAUUCCAAAUCGAAAUUAGGAAAACAAAUACGGAAAACGAGUGUAUGCGGCCGGCCUAAGAGGGGGUCAAACGGAUCUAAUAAGUUUGACUGUUGAUUGAUGCUGUAGAUUUUACAGAUGUCAAAACGUGAAGGCUGAUUUAAAUGUUAAAAUGUUUGACAAAUGGAAAGUUUAAUAAAUAAUUUAUGGCGUCCAUUUUCAAAUAAAAACUACACAUUUCAAGGGAUCUCUUUAUGUAAUAAUAUAAAACUAUGUAUCGUUUUUAUUAGGUAUAUAUAUAGUAGGUGCUCAAAUCAGAUUAUUGUACUAGGACAAACGAUAUGCUAUUAAUAUUUACCUAAACAACGUUUAAAAUGAUAUUGAACUCUGAUUAGAUUAUAGUGAUGCUAGUACUUUUUACAUUUCCAGUCUUUUUUUCUGUAUUAACUUUAAAUGUGAUCUAAUAGAUAUUAUUUAGAUAAAUCUUCUUAAGUGUUGAUUAUGCCUCAGAGCAUAUGUGUAGGAAAAUAAGAAUAUUUUCUUAUACCUACAGAAGUUUUCUUAGUAUACUUUAGGUAUAAGUAUAAUUAUUAAAUCGUAACAUAAAUUAUUUACUCUUUAAAAUAUAGUACGUACUGGGCCCCGAUUUCCGUGCCAUUUAAUUUAUUACUUACUGGCGGACUCCCACGACUUCGUCGGCGUGGAAUUCAUUUUUCGCAAAACCCAUGAAUUUUUUCGGGUUAUAAAUAUAGGUUAUUUAUAACCCGAAAAAAUUCAUGGGUUAUUGCAUGGUGUUAAUGCAAGGUAUUAUCUGAAUCAAACAGUCAAAUCGGUUCAGUAGUUGCGGCGUUAAAUUGUAACAAACAUCCAUACAAACUUUCGUGUUUAUAAUAUUAGUAGGAUAGUAGAAUUGCAUUUUGUGACAUUAUUAUAUGAUCAUAUAACAAACGAAACUUUUGUGGUUCGUGUAAAAUUAAAAUCUUGCUGCUUAAGUUUAGUUCUAAAACUAUCUGCCCUGUAUGGUAAUUUGCGUUUGUUUUGUUUAGUAUACUUUUGUUUAUUUUCAAUACUAGUUAAUAAAUCUAUAUUAUUUAAAAAAUCUCUUUAAAUUAGUGUAUUACAUUGUUGAUGUUAACGUUAAGAAUCUGUAUUACUCAUAAGCUCACCUUAUUCUUAUACAUUUUGUAUGCAUAAAUGUUGUAAUUGAUGUGCUCACAUAAAGAGACCGUUUUUAUUUUCACAAAACCCAUGCUCUCGUGAUCGCCGCUCGUGGUCAAAUUACCCCAAGAGGGACAAAAUGCAAAAAAAGUCGCCUACGAAAUGUGAUACGGAUUCAGGGUUCUGGUGAAUUACUAGUCAUUUAUUUAAAGAGUAUUUAUGUAAGUUAAUGUUAAGAAUUACCAAUUCCUCUUUUUGCGUUUAAACUUUCAUAUUUUUUUACUUUCUUUUGUACUUUUUAGUAUCUACCUCUCGCACAUGUGCGGUUUAUUAAAUAAAUUGUUUUUCUUUC